AUGAAACCAAAGAAAGUUUUUGUGACUGUAGGAACUACAAAAUUUCCAAAAUUAAUCGAUAAAAUUGUUACAGAAGAUGUACUCCGUUUAUUUCAGUCUUUAGGUUACAAUUUCAUUCAAAUUCAAACUGGAAAAGAUUUCUACCCAGAGGCCAUCCUUCCAAAACUAUCUUCUUACAACGUGAAAAGUGAAAGCCCACUUGUGAUAGAAUAUAAUGAUUUGGUUAUAAGAUUUGAAGAGUAUUUCGAAGACUUUGAUGGAGAAAUUACAUCCAGUGAUAUUGUUAUUAGUCACGCCGGAGCUGGCUCCUGCUUGGAUGUAUUGAGGAAGAAGAAACCUCUUUUGGUUGUUAUUAACGAAGAUUUAAUGGACAACCAUCAAAUAGAAUUGGCCGAAGAACUUCAAAAGCACGGCUAUUUAUAUUACAGCACUUGCGAUACCCUUGGUGAGGCAUUACAAAGAGAUUUUACUAUACUUAAACCAUAUCCAGAACCCGAUAAAUCUCUUUUUCCUAACUACUUAGAUAAGUGUGUAGGAUUUGUAUAA